AUGUCUAAUACAGAAAAUCUCGCGGUACUUAAAAGACAACGCGCUAUGAUCAAGGGAUCCUGCACGCGAAUAAAACAUUACGUCGAGACAAUUACUGCUAUCAAUACCUCGACAACGGCUCAACUUGAGGAGCGCAAAUUAAAACUAGAACAUUAUUGGGCCGAAUACCACACUGUACAGACGCAAAUAGAAAUUUUAGAAGAAGCCGAAGGUAACGAUCGGGCUGCGUUCGAGGAUGCAUUUUAUGCCGUAUCCGCUAAAAUCAGGGAGUUAUUAAGCCCUCCCACGCACUCGCGCACUGCCGCUGUUUCGCCGGCAACGCUUUCGGAAAUCUCGGACGCAACUUCCCGCGUGCGCUUACCUAAAUUGAAUUUACCGACAUUUUCGGGGAAAUAUGACGAGUGGUUCCCGUUCUUCGAUACAUUCACGUCGGUCAUACAUACAAACGCGUCUCUCAGUUGCAUACAAAAGUUUCAAUAUUUAAAGGCCUCUCUCACAGGCGAUGCGAGCAGCGUAAUUAAUUCUUUAGAGAUUUCGGACGCGAAUUACAAUGCAGCGUGGAAUCUUCUCAAAGAGCGGUACGAUAACAAACGGGUAAUCGUGCAAAAUCAUAUCAAGGCCAUUAUAGAAUUACCUUCCAUGACAAGGGAAAAUUAUACCGAGUUAAGGCAAAUCGCGGAUGGCGCGACAAAGCACAUACACGCGUUGCAAGCUCUAAAGCGACCCACCGCGUAUUGGGACGAUAUUUUAAUACACGUGCUAUGCUCGAAAUUCGAUCCCCUCACACUACGCGAGUGGCAAUCUUCGCUUACGGGUAACGAAUUACCAACAUCCAAACAAUUCUUCGAUUUUAUCACACGACAGUGUCAGAUGCUCGAAGUCACAAACAAAUCUAGCAACGUCGCGAACGUCAAGGACGGCACUGCCAAGGCACACGCCAAGCGUCAAACAGCAUGCGCAGCUACCGUCAAGUUAAAAUGCAACUACUGUCGAGGGGAGCAUUCCAUUUAUUACUGUAAGAAUUUUCUGGUACUUCAGGUUCCUCAAAGGAUCGCGGAAAUUCGUUCUCGCAAAAUUUGCCUCAAUUGUCUGCGUUCCAACACGCACAUCGCUAGCAAAUGCACUUCAGGAGGUUGCAAGGUCUGCCAAGCCAAGCAUAACACGCUUCUUCAUAUGACGACCGCCUCGCAGCAAGCGCCUAAUUCCUCUAGCUCUUCAGGAAAGGGCAGCGACAACUCCAACUCCGCAGAAUCCUCUGCCGUAGUAGCGACACACGUCGCAGGGGGAAGUGUUAACGUCAUAUUGUCAAUGGCCAUGGUGCACGCGCGCGAUUAUCAGGGCGUGCUUCGACCUUGUCGCAUUCUGUUGGAUUGUGGUUCUCAGGCGAAUUUCAUAUCAAGGAAAUUCAUGACGAGGCUUGGCCUCACUCCCAAAUCACUAAGCGUAGCCAUAUCCGGCGUGAACGGAACGGUUACGACGGCCACGCAAGCAGUAAAAAUCGAAUUGCAAUCGCGAAUAGAUUCAUACAGUGCUACAAUCGAUUGUAUUGUCUCAGAUCAAGUUACAGAAAAACUCCCUGGCAUACCGUUAAGGCGAAGGGAUUUCGAACUGCCACGAAAUAUAAAGCUAGCUGAUCCACAAUUUCACGUAUCUUUUGAUAUCGACAUUCUAAUAGGAGCCGAAAUAUUUUGGGAUCUUCUCUUUGUAGGACAGAUACAAUCAUCGGACAGGCAUCCUAAAUUACAAAAAACGAGGUUUGGAUGGAUCCUAGCAGGACGAAUGUUUGAUUCAAAAUCAAUUCACGCAAAGGUACAUUCUCUACACGCAUCUAUAACUAACGAGCAGUUACAUGAUCAAUUAAGUCGGUUCUGGCAAUUAGACGACGCGAAAAAUGACUCCAAUAAUUUGACUCCUGAGGAAAGUUAUUGUGAGCAGCAUUUUAUCAGCAAUAUUCAUCAAAAUCCACAAGGCAGAUACGUGGUCAAACUUCCUAUUAGAGAUCAAUUAAUCGACAAGUUAGGAGACUCUCGAAGCAUUGCCAUGUCUCGUUUGAAGGGCAUCGAAAAACGUUUUAAACGACAGCCCGAUCUAGAAGAGCAAUACAAACAAAUUAUCAAUGAGUACAUAUCGUUAGGGCACAUGCAAAAAAUAGAAUUGCAGCCCGAUGAGAGUUCCCCAUGUUUUUAUUUACCGCAUCAUUGCGUAUUCAAAUCUAACAAUCAAACGUCAAAGAUCCGCGUAGUAUUUGACGCUUCAUGCAAAUCUACCGAGGGCUUAUCUUUAAAUGAUGCACUUAUGAUAGGGCCAGUAGUGCAGCAAGAGCUAACAUCCAUACUGAUCCGAUUUUGUUUCUUCAUUUAUGUUUUUAGCGCCGACGUAAUAAAAAUGUAUAGACAAGUAUUGGUGGAUCCUUCUCAAACACGUCUGCAAAGGAUACUAUGGCGGGACGACCCUGCUAACAACGUCGACACAUACGAACUAUUGACAGUUACGUAUGGAACAUCAUCAGCUUCAUACUUGGCCAGCAGGUGCCUUACUUAUCAUGCCGAUCAAUACGCAGCUAAGUACCCGGUAGGCUCUAGAGAGGUGAAACGCAGUUUUUACGUAGAUGACUUUUUGUCAGGAGCAGAUACUCUGCACGAGGCUAAGGUACUCCGAGAUGAACUAAUAGAAUUGCUGAGAAUAGGAUCUUUCGAACUCAGUAAGUGGGCGUCGAAUUGCCCAGAACUCCUAAAAAAUAUAAAGGAUCGUGAUGGGGAAGUAAUUACCAUUCAUAACGAGACAGAUUCUAGCAUACUAGGGAUUCAAUGGAAUCAAGUCAAGGAUGUUUUUCACUUUGCAUACAAUUCAGAUUCCACUAACAGCGCAGUAUCUAAGCGCGUUAUUCUUUCUGAAGUUUCCAGGUUGUUUGAUCCUCUGGGUCUCCUCGGACCCGUCAUUGUAAUUGCCAAACUCAUUCUUCAAGACCUGUGGAAGGCCGGCAUCCAUUGGGAUGAAUCUGUGCCGCAGGAAUUACAUACAAGCUGGCUAAAAUUCAAGUCUCAAUUACAUGCUGUAAAUCAGCUACAAAUCCCUAGGGGUGUCAAAUACAACCCAGACUCACAGCUCGUGCAAUUACACGGGUUUUGUGAUGCAAGUCAAAAUGCAUAUGGCGCAUGUAUAUAUGUACGCACAACCAUCGAAUCUAGUGAAUAUCGUUCACAGUUGCUGUGUUCAAAAUCCCGUGUGGCACCACUCAAGGCCGUGUCACUGCCAAGACUUGAACUAUCGGCAGCGGUUCUGUUAGCUCAACUCAUAACUAAGGUGAAAGACUCAUUGGGCUCGCCCAUGCAAGCAUUUCUUUGGUCGGACUCCACCAUAGCAUUGAAUUGGAUAGCUUCAUCCUCGCGCAACUGGUCAGUAUUCGUGGCAAAUAGAGUCGGAGAAAUUCAAAGGUUGACUCAGAUCAGUCAGUGGCGUCACGUCUCCUCUUCCGACAAUCCUGCAGACAUACUAUCCAGAGGCAUAUAUCCGUAUGAUUUAAUCGCAUCAUCCAUGUGGUGGCACGGGCCCAGCUUUCUACAGUUGCAUGAAAAUCAGUGGCCAUCGGGAAGUUUUACAUAUCCGAGGGAGGAUAUGCCCGAACAAAGAAGAAUAGCCGCGAUUGUCGUCAAGCAUGACCAAUGCAUGGUCAUCCAGCUAUUAACCAAGCAUUCAAGUCUAAACAAAAUCCUUCGGAUCAUUGCGUAUUGCAUGAGAUUUUCUAAGAAACGGAAUCUCGCGCCAAAUAGAACAAUAUCUUCGUCUGAACUUUUACUUGCAACGGAAAUCGUGUGCAGGGCGGUACAAAAACAAGUCUUCUCUAAAGAAUACGAAGCAUUAAAAUUAGGAACAACCAUUAAUGCAGGCAGCCGUCUAUUGCCGUUAACUCCUUUCAUGGAUAAAGAUGACCUAAUCCGGGUGGGCGGUAGGCUUAAAAACUCAAACCUAGAUUUUGACGCAUGCCAUCCCAUUUUGCUGCCGCGCAAUCACGAUUUAACACAAAAAAUAAUUAGACAAGAGCAUAUUCGGAAUAUGCACGCCGGAACGCAAGGUACUAUGGCCGCCGUCCGGCAACGUUUCUGGCCACUUUCGCUAAGAUCCGUAGCGCGAAAGAUCAUACAAGAAUGCGUAACUUGUUUUAAGGCAAAACCGCGAUUCUCGGAAGCCUUAAUGGGAUCAUUACCCGCCGGUCGAGUCACCCCAUCUAGACCGUUCGCGCAUUGUGGGAUAGACUAUGCCGGUCCAGUCACAAUACGCGAAGGAAACAGGCGCAACUCUCGCAAUCAUAAGGCCUACAUAGCCAUUUUCGUAUGCUUUGCCACUAAAGCCGCGCACAUCGAAGUCGUAAGCAAUUUAACGACAGACUGUUUUCUUGGUGCAUUCAAACGUUUCAUCGCGCGAAGAGGGAAACCGACCCACAUGUACUCGGAUAAUGGGACCACCUUCGUCGGGGCAAAAAAGCAAAUCAAGGAACUAUACGAAUUUUAUAACAAACAAGAAACGCAGUCCGAUCUCAAUCAAUUCUGUGCCAACGAGGGCAUUUGCUGGGAAUUCAUUCCGCCCAACGCUCCUCAUUUUGGCGGUUUAUGGGAAGCGGCGGUAAAAUCCGCCAAACAUCACUUGACUAGAAUUGUGGGUCAAGCCCAUUUAAAUUUUGAAGAACUGCAGACUGUAUUGUCUGAGAUAGAAGCUAUAUUAAAUUCGCGCCCUAUUACGCCACUAAGCGAGGAUCCCAACGACUUGUAUUAUCUUAGUCCGGGUCACUUUCUGGUUGGUACAGCACUAAAUAGUUUUCCUUGCAGAGACUUUAGCGAGAUCAAUGAGAAUAGGCUCCUACGAUGGCAACGCGUGGAGCAACUUCGACAGCACUUUUGGCGCAGAUGGAGUAGCGAGUACUUAGGCUCGUUGCAGGAAAGGUCGAAAUGGAAACAAAAUUCGGGCAUUCAACUACGCGUCAAUCAGCUCGUACUUGUAAAACAACAAAAUCUACCCCCUCUACAAUGGGCUAUAGGUCGCGUCUUAGAGAUUCAUCCCGGAUCCGACAAUGUAGUACGAACUGCAACUAUAAAAACCACCAAGGGUACUUAUGUUAGACCAUUGUCGAAGCUCGCGAUAUUACCCUCAGAAAUCCAACCGACGGAUAACUAA